AUGCCUAAGCACCAUCCAGAACCAGCCCUACUCGACAGGCGGGCCUCAACCCAAUGGCGGAUCCAUGCACGACCAGGGGACUGGCCCCCCUUCCCCUCAGACGGAGCGGCUGUGCUAGCUGACCAUGCUGGUUGUGCUGUGCUGCAGCUCGAAUCCCAACCACCCGUCCGCGCACGCUCUGAGCCGCCCCUGGAUGCUCCAGCCGCAGCCUCGUUGCCCUUGAGCCGUCUGGGCCCCAGAGCGACUGGCCGUGUGGGCAACAAGUACUCUUUCGGAGCCGCUGCCACCAUCGCAGAGAGCUCUUCGACCUUUUGUGAUUUCGUCACACGAGAUUCCGGACCGGAGGCGGACAACUGGCUGCCUCUGACGACCACCAAAAACAGCACGAUGGGAGACAGCAACAGUGAGCUGUACGUGGCGAUUGCUGCUCUGCUCAUAUCUCUAGUAGCCCUGGCUGCUUCGGUUCUGCAAGUCGCCCAGCAGUACUUCGCCUCUGCCACCGGCUACGCCAGCUGCGACGAGAAGGUCAUAGGCAAAUGGUCAAGCUCUACAAUACGAAUUCUAAAGCCAUACGAGUUUCGCUUCGAGGUCCAGUAUCAGGCUCCGGUCAUCUUCCUCUGUCGCCUCGACAACAAGAACGGUCCCGUGCCGGACGUCAAAAUUAUUCCUCUCGUGGGAAGCGACGAAAGCCGUCGAGAGAGUUGCAGUGACAUUCAGGAGGACGGUCGCAACACACAAAAGUCCAGCCAAGUACAAAAGGAAAAGUCCAAUCGAGUGAAGCAGAAAGAAGCCAUACAUACCGCAGACAAUGAAUUGGCUUCCUGGGUUACCUUGCUGGCAGCCUUCCAGCGAAUGGAGCAUGAUUCGAGAGACUGGCAACAGAAGCUCCUCGAGAAGCCACUCCGUCCUCCAACAGGCGAUCCGCAGAAUGCACUGUUGAAGCCCGAGGAGGUUGAGGAAGUGGAAAAGAAACACACAUUGGUCGUUGCCUUGCAGAAGAAGACAAAGAGCUGGGAUACGAUGCCGGCAGGCGUCAAGAAGCCGUAUGCAACCACAACUUGGUGUCAUAUGGUGGAGAUGGCUGCGCUGCUCGGGAUAUACUGGAGCGAAUUCGACCGAUCACAUGACCGCUACCGAGCUGAAGGCAACGGUUACAUGUUGACGGGUGAAAAAAUGACCGACCUUGGUAUCAUGUUCACCUUUCAAGUCUAUGGGAAGAGCGAAUUCAAAGCCAACCGCAUCAUCCCGGUUGAGGAGGUGAAGGACCUGUGCUUCGGGGUCGUGCCAACGAUAUUUCGACGACCCGAGGCGGUUGAUAUGCGACGUCUCACAGAUGACCGCCAGGAUCUCAGCAUGCUCAACUUGUCCAACCGGAUUGAGAUUUCAGAGACACUGGGCCUUAUUGGUUGCAACACCAACACUGUCAACUACUUUGCUCGUGAAGACACGCAGAACAAGCGUGUUGCUCACCUCUUUCCUAUUCGACAGCACACCGCACGAUUUGAGGAUAUUGAUUCCGCGGCUCCCGAGGACAAACAGGCCAAGCUCAUGGAGGUUUAUUUCCAAGCAAUCCGUAACAAGGUCAUCGGCACGGCUUUGCGUUCAACGAAACGGCGCGAAUCUCUAACCCCGAUGCUGCCGCUGGCCACACCAAGCAGCCAAAAGCGAACCGCGGGACAAACGAUUGUGGAAGCCUCUGAAGACGGUGACGAAGAAGACGGAGAGGACGAGGAUGAAGAUGAUGAUGUGGCAGAGGAGGAUGAACUCUGGAAGCUGCCCACGGACGACGUCUCACAUGAAGAUAUAUGGUGCACGCUCGUGUUCCGGAUGAUCUGUUGGCUGAUGCUUCAUGACUUCAACAAGAACGACAAACAAAUCUCGAAGAGCGAGCUACGGGGAAGCCGACUGCCCAUCUACAUUGCGUAA